CUCCUUCACAAGUACUUACUUCUCCACUUCAUUCGUCUCCCAGACAAAAACAUCUUUGAUCACUCUCUAAAAUCCACACUCUCAUCAAAACCUUCUCUUCUAUUCAGAAGCAUCCACUAAAAACCUUCUCUUCGACUCAGAAGCAUUCAAAAAUCCAUUUAACUAAUGUCAGGUUUUGAUUACAGCGACUCGUUAAGCUCAUCCGAUUCCGUUAAUAACGGCGUUAACUCACGGAUGUUCUUCCGUAACCCGAGUUUCAGCAACGUUAUCUUAAACGAUAACUGGAGUGAUUUGCCGUUAAGUGUCGACGAUUCACAAGACAUGGCUAUUUACAACACUCUCCGUGACGCCGUUAGCUCCGGAUGGACACCCUCCGUUCCUCCCGUUACCUCUCCGGCGGAGGAAGUUUCCGUUAGAGAAGAAGAGAAGCCUCCGGCGACGGCGAGUGGCUCGCACGCGCCGAGGCAGAAGGGGAUGCAGUACAGAGGAGUGAGGAGGAGGCCGUGGGGGAAAUUCGCGGCGGAGAUUAGGGAUCCGAAGAAGAACGGAGCUAGGGUUUGGCUCGGGACUUACGAGACGCCGGAGGACGCGGCGGUUGCUUACGACCGAGCGGCGUUUCAGCUUAGAGGAUCGAAAGCUAAGCUGAAUUUUCCGCAUUUGAUUGGUUCUUGUAAGUAUGAGCCGGUUAGGAUUAGGCCUCGCCGUCGUUCGCCGGAGCCGUCAGUUUCCGAUCAGUUAACGUCGGAGCAGAAGAGGGAAAGCCACGGCGAGUCUAGUUUGGUUGUUCCGGAGUUGGAUUUCACGGUAGAUCAGUUUUACUUCGAUGGACUCGAUGUAGAUGUAGAAGGCGGUGGAGAGAAGAAUGGAAUGGAUGGGAGAUUAGUCGGAAGAGAAGAAAUUAUUGUCGGAAAUGAAGGCAAAGUUGGCAUUGGAGGCAUUGCAGUGGGAAUUGUGGGAAAGUUUGGUUGUGGCAAAGCUGAUGGCAUUGGAAAUGGAGACGUUACAGUGGGCAUUGUGGGAAGAGUUGGUAGAGAUGGUUGUGGCAAAGUUGAUGGCAAUGGAGAAUUGAGUUCAGAGUUUAUUUUGAUCAUGGAACGAUGGUCCGGCGUUUUGAAGAUUCCGUUGGAUGCUACUACUAGCAACUACUACAGAGUUGCAGCAUCUCUUUGCCUUUCUUCUUCUUCUUCUUCUUCUUCUUCCACAACUCCAACUGUGCCUUCUGCAAAUGCAAUAUUCUUUCAUGGUGACAAAGUUCAAGACACUGGGAAUCAUGUGAUUGAGAGGCUUUAUAAUCUGCAGAAAGUAGCUGAAAUCAUUGUUUCUAAAUUUGGCAACUCUGUUAAUGCUUGGGUUGUUGAAGCUUCUGUGUUUAAUGGACCAUUUGCUAUCUACAAAGACUUUGUUCCAUCAGUGAAUCACAAGGGAGCACCAAAAUCUUAUUCCCCAUUUGGCUUCCCAGCUUCUUCAUCAAUUGUCUCCCUCUUAUCUAGUUGCCUCCAGGAGGCAAAGAACCUCAUUUUGAAGGAAGGCAAAGAAGUGUGUUUGAUAAACCAGAUUGCAUCAGUUCAUCACUGUCCCAGAACUAUUGUUCUUGGAUUUAGCAAAGGUGGAGUUGUGAUUAACCAGCUCAUGAGUGAGAUCAGUUCCUUGGAUACAAACUUUGCGGAAACUACAUCUGCAACGGUAGAAGAACCUACGAGCCAGCAUGAAAAGAUUCAGAUCAUUCCAGCCUCCAAAGAAAGUUUCCUCAACAGCAUUUCUGAAGUUCAUUAUAUCGAUGUAGGGCUGAACUCUUCAGGGGCCUACAUUACUGAUCACAAUGUCGUGCAGAGAAUCUCUCAACGCCUUGCACGAGGAGCAGACUCGCUACGGAUUGUCAUUCAUGGAACUCCUAGGCAGUGGUGUGAUGAGCAGCGUGGCUGGAUUCGCAAGGAAAAAGAUGAGUUGGUUCGUUUGCUCGAAGCUGAAACUGAAAAUUCCGGUAGGAAACUACAGGUCUGUGAAAGGUUCUAUUUUUCUGAUAGACUUCCUGAUUUGCAAAUGCACUUUCAGAUAAUUGAUGCUAUGGAUGUCUCUUAAACAUUUGCAUGAUAAAUGUCACUUCGUCUA